AUGCCACAAGGCACGGUUGGUCAGCCACAAUGUUCUAUCAGUACAAAUGCAAGAGAGCGAGAGAGUGACUGGGGAAAUGAGAGAGGUGGUUAUUCUGACCAUGGAGGAACUAGAAAUAGAGCAAAUGAGGAGUACAUUGGAAGAGGCGAUUAUGGAAACGCGCAGUACGCCUCUCGAAAAUCGACCGCGACUUCCCCGCAUAGCCCUAAGCUAGCGGAAUCGGGCUGUCGUGAGGGCUCUGAACCCAAUGCUGGUGACCUAUUUGGAAGCCAGCCGGGACCUUUGCGAGACGGACUCAAUUCUCUUUGGCGCCGCACUGGCAGUCUGCGUAUUAUAGGCGCCAAACUUUCCACGGCUGGACGCACUACUGGACAAAGUAGUGCUAACCCAGCCUGGAGAACAAGAAUUGAAGAACGUAUCGCAAAGGCUAGGGCCCUCAUCGGCAGACUGAUAUGCUUCAGGUCAGGUAAUACCAGGCCAAGGAUUGUGCGCACCGUCAGGAUGGCGUUUGCUGGGACAAAUGUUAGUUUGUCCCAGCCGGAUAUAAUGCAAAAACUGACGGAGCGCAUAGACGACCUGAAGCAGAGAAUCGCUGCUUGGGGAAAGCGAAUUCGGCGAUAUACCGAGAGGUCGACACGGUUCAACCAGAAUCGUCUCUUCCAGAGUGAUCAGAAGAGGCUCUAUAAAUCAUUGGAGCGACCAAUGGUAAGUGGAACGGGCCCAGUACCGAAUCAGGCCGACACGGUCGCAUUCUGGCGCAGCCUGUGGUCAGAGCCCGUAAACCACAACGAGGGCCCUUGGACGGAAGUUGUGGCGAGUCAGUGUGCGGGUAUUACGCCCAUGGACCCCGUCACCAUAACGCCGGAUGACGUAGCUGAGGCGGUCCGUAGGGCCCCGAACUGGAAAAGUCCGGGACUCGACGGGCUGCGUCACUACUGGCUGAAGGGGUUCGUGGUGUGUCACACUGUGCUCGCCCGACAGUUUCAAGAGGUUCUCAACCAGAAGUCGCUCCCGAGCCUCUUCACUACUAGGAUCACCCAUUUGGUUCCUAAAGGCUAG